AUGGCUGAACAAAGAACAAUGAGCACGGGAGAAGAGAAAGGACCAAAAACUGCUGGAACAUCUUUCAUCGAGGGCGAUAUAUAUAAAACACCUGAAGACUUUGAAAUCAUAGAAGCUAGUGAAAAACUUAAAUUCGAAUAUCCAGUCAGGAAACGUAUCAUGCUAAGAGUUGAGGGAGAAAGAGAUUAUACAGUCUCAGAUGCUUUUGGUAAUAGAGCCUCAGGUAAAUAUGAGGUAUUUGAAAAAGAUGGUACUUUUCAAAAGUAUUUCCUCGAUCUUUUCAAUAAAAGCUUUAGUCCAAAACAUGAAGAAAUGAUUUCCGGACAAGGAUAAAAAAAAUUAAAGGGACACAGAAAUUAAAUCAGGAAGAUGAGAGGAUUGCUGAUGAUAAAAAUGUAGCUUAUGAAUUAAGAGAACAAUCAAGAAAGAAUAAGUGAGAAAAGGCAACGGAUUAAUGUUCUUGAGAAUGAGAGAAAAACUUGAAGAAGGCACUCCACUAAGAGAGAGAGAGAGAGGAUAUCAGGAUAUGAUACUUCGGGAUCCAUUAAGAGAGACACUACAUUCACACAAAACACGAACAAUAGAUGGAAAGGUGUUGCAUUUUUUGGAAUAUUUGUUGGUUAUUCAAGCAAACUUUGUGUGAGCGUCUCUUCACUUUCCAAUAUAGUCAAGAGAUGACCCUCAAAGAGGGAAAGAGAUCAACCAAUUAGGUGAUGAGGCUUCAAGAAGUUUUGUUGGCUUUGAAUAAUGACGUGACCAGGUCACAAGGGAAAUGACAAAGCAUUAUGUGAGGAUAAGAAAAAGGAAUGUGAACGUACACAGAGAUCGGGGAAUUGUCGAGCGAUUAGAUUGAACUUUGUGUGAGCGUCUCUUCGCUUCCCAAUGUAGUCAAGAGACGAACUUCAAAGAGAAAGAGAUCAACCGUGGAGGUGAAGAGGCUUCAAGAAGUUAUGUUGAUUAUUAUGAGGCUUCAGAAAGUUUUUUCGGCUUUGAAUAGUGAAGUGACUAGGUCACAAGAGAAAUGACCAAGCAUGAUGUGAGGAUAAGAAAAGGGAAUGUGAAGGUACACAGAGAUUAGAGAAUUGUCGAGCGACUCAAUUGAACUUUGUGUGAGGGUCUCCUCACUUUCCAAUUUAGUCAAGAGAUGAACUUCAAAGAGGGAAAGAGAUCAACCGUAGAGGUGAAGAGGCUUUAAGAAGUUUUGUUGGCUUUGAACAGUGAAUUGACCAGGUUGAUAGGAAGAAACCUAUCGAUGCAAUCAAAGACAAGUCGCCGGACGCAUAGAGUUCAACCACUUAUUCAAGACCAGUUGGCCUGAAGGAACAGUGACUCGGCUUCUCAAAGAACGUGAGAUAUCACUAUGCUGCUGGUGAGCUGGAAGGUGGCCAGAGGCGAGCCACAGAUCCAAUCUGGUCUCUGAAGGUCUUCAAUAUCGAAAAAUCAUUUGUGAAUAAGGAAGAGCCUGUUCUCUACUACCUGAAGGAUGAAUCAAAGCGUGGUUUCGUCAUAGAGGCGCUUCAGAUUUUUCCUCCUGGAACUGGGUUGCCUUCUAAAAGAAUUCGUUGA